CGCAGCAGACCACAAACCUCUCGCCACAACACCACACACUUGCACAUACACACACACAUACAACUAGAGCCAGAGGCGUGACCAGGAGAAGAGUCGUGAAGGAAAAGGAAAGCCACUCAUUUGUCUCCAUGGACACUCAACUUCCUCCAAGCAUUUCUUAGAGUGUGUAGUGCAGCAGCGGGUCCUUGCCAUCUGCUUAAUAAUUCAUCAGGUCGGUCUAUGAGCUUUGAGCCUGCAACACUCACCAACUUUCCACCUCUACCUUUCAUUCAGCAGCAGUCGGUUGUUUCAGCAAGUCUCCUUUUGAACUUCAAAUGGUUCGCACUGAGGCAGAGCCAAAAAAUGCACUUUGUGAGUGUCUUGUUUGUGUACGUGUGUGUGGGGAGAGUGUGAGAAAGUGUGUGUUAGUGUUUUCUGUAUGAAGGGCAUCCUGCAGUAAAAGUGGACACUUUCUACUUUCCUCAUCUCAUGAUAUUCUUUGACUUGGGAGUCGUUUGUUUAAACUGCUACUCUUGUGGGACUGGAUGUGCAAGAUAGUGCCUUGAGAAGCAGUCUGAAGGCCAUAUGGGACAUAACUUUCAUCUGUCAGCCCAUCUUUGUGCUGUGUUUAGGCUGUUUUAGAAGCUAUUUGUUCACACUCUCCACGGAUUCACUUUCACCAUGGCCGGCUGUUCCAGACGCUGCAGACAGGGCAUGCUAAAACUUAUUCAGUCCCUUCAGAGGCUCGUAUCUGGAACUCUCAGCAAAGAUAAAGUAGAUGAUGAAUUGGAGAUGACGAUGGUCUGUCACCGGCCGGAGGGUCUUGAGCAGCUUGAAGCACAGACAAACUUCACCAAGCAAGAGCUACAAGUCCUUUACAGAGGCUUCAAAAAUGAGUGUCCAAGUGGAGUGGUGAAUGAGGAGACCUUUAAACACAUUUACGCACAGUUUUUUCCACAUGGCGAUGCCAGCACAUAUGCACAUUAUCUCUUCAAUGCAUUUGACACCAGAAAUGAUGGAUUAAUAAAGUUUGAGGACUUUGUGAUGGGAUUAUCUACCCUAUUGCGGGGGACGGUCAGAGAUAAACUUGAGUGGACAUUUCAUCUCUAUGACAUUAACAAAGAUGGAUUUAUCAACAAGGAGGAAAUGACGGAGAUAGUGAGAGCCAUCUAUGACAUGAUGGGGAAGUACACUUAUCCGGCUUUAAAAGGAGAUGUACCAAAGCAACAUGUGGAUGCUUUCUUUGAGAAAAUGGACAAAAACAAAGAUGGAGUUGUAACAUUAGAGGAGUUCAUCCUUGCCUGUCAGGAGGAUGAAAAUAUGAUGAGAUCAAUGCAGCUCUUUGAAAAUGUGAUGUAAAGAAGAUGAACUAGCAGAAGAAAAGAACGAAACAGAAAGUGGGAAAAGAGAAAAAUAGGGAGUUUAUGUUAAUAUAAAUAUUUGCCAUAUUUCACUGAAGUGAGUUCUGGAGGAGUGUGGUGGUCGUUGGCCAUGGAUGGAUGCAUGAGAGUCUGUAGUCUUUCUUUUUCUCUCUCUAUUCAAACCUUGUAAAAUAUGUAUUAUUCUCCCUUGUGAAUGCUGAUGGUUUCAAAAGUUACCAGCCAACACUCCUCCUUGAUCCAGCUAGCCUUUCAGACCUUCAAGCUGAUCCCGAAGACUGCAUAUGUUUGAAAGGCAAUAUCUGAUGUGUGACUACUGGGGUGGCCAUGAUCAGGACCCUCCCUCCCUGUGAAAGAGAAUGCCAUUCUCAGCCUUUAUUUUAUUUUGAUUUGCUUGACACUAGAGUUCAGGACUCUAUGUUUGGUGUACUGGAACUGCAUCCAGGAGGUCUACAGCCUCCUUUGCUUGCUUUCUUGCCAAAAGAGCUUGCAUGAUAAAAACCAGCAGAUAUUUCCUUACGAGCUGCUUGAAUAUAAAGUUGGCCUUCAGAUAUCUAGGUUGACUUUAUCAAUGUGUUAAUACAUUUCAUGAUUUAUUUAUCUACGACAAGGGUUGUGUGGGAUACGUGUGGGAUGUUGAUUUUGUGGCUUGUGUUGUCAAGUUUUAACAACAUUGUUUGUGGGUAUUUAAUGUCUCCAGUCUGCCUGCUUAUGUCUGUCUCAAUACCUGCCAAACCAUUUUUGCCCACCAGAUCAUAGCGAAUAAGUUGGCUGUAAGGUUAAAGGGGUGUGUGUGCAUCUAUGUACUGUAUGUAAAUAUUGGGAGUAUUUAAGAGGCUGCAAAAUCACUACUGUAUAUAGACCCAGUAAAUGACAAUCCAUACCUUUCAAUUCCUUCAAGAAGGGCACAAAGGAAAAGCAAGAUAAAUUACAUAUAAUAUUAAAAUUAUUAUUUAUUUUGAUUGCAAGUGUCCAGUUUAAGCAAGAGAAGUAUAAGCUAUGGAAAUACUUGCAAGCAUGGUGCCACAUGAAGAAAUGUCCAAUGAGGCAAAUACAAACUGUGAAAAAGAAAUAUCAGAAAUAUAUGCUGUGCAGUCUCAGUCAAAACCUAUUUAAAAAAAUAUUUGUGGAAUAACCAUGCAGCUAAGUUUACCGUGCUUGUUUUUUAUUAUUAUAAUUAUGAUUAAUAUGAAUAUUAUUGUAGUGUUGAAUAAUAAUAAAUUAUGAGAUCUUUAA